GUUGAGAGGUAACGUCUUAUUCUGUCAUGUUUGCCGGUCCGGUGUUUCAGUCAUGGCCGCUAUUCGGGGACGCUAGUUCAUUUGCACAUCCUGCCGAACGCGAAGCGAAGUUUACGAGCGGCGCGAAUGCAUGAAAAGUCAACCGCGAGCGCUGAGAAAUGGGCGAAAUGAGUGCGUUCAUCCGAACGUUUCACCUGUCGAAAAUUCAAGUAGGGAUAGAAGCCCCGCUCCGGUCUCCUCAGUCGGGACGGAGGACAAACUGACCUCGUCUGCGGUGGAUACGAGGCACCCGAACUGACCGCCGGUAGGACUUCCAGCGAAGGUUUGCUUACAGGGAUUCUUUCUUACUGCUACUUGUCUGCACGUUCCCUGAUUUCCCAGUGUAAUAACCGAUUGUAAGACACCCAGCCAGCUUCAGUCACUCUCAUAACACCUCCCCACCAGAUUUGCCCAGGGAUUUUCAAGUGGACGUUUGAGGCCCCCAGGAUGUCAUCUCAGGAGGAGAACCCAUCAGCCGCAGCCAUGAGAAUGCUGACCAGCUUGGGCCUGGAACUGAAAGACCUGGCCCUAUUGGCUGACAUCCCCGAUGAACUCAUCACAGAGGAGACCCUCCCACGUCUCCUGUUACAAAUUAAGAACAACCGGACUGCGAAAGAAACGGGGACAUUUAAGCAGGACACCGCGAGGACAGCAGAGACAUUCAGGCUGGAUGCUGGUUUGCCAUUUGAUCACCAUUCCAACCAGAGAAUGGAAUUGCUCCUGCGAAGGGAUUCGCCUCCUGUAAAAGAGUCCUCAAAACUGGAUUUGUCCCCACAAAGGCCCGUCAAACAGGAUCUGCCCCGACAAAGGACUUCCAAAUGGGAUAUACACCCAAGCACAAGUACAUAUAAUGUUAGCUUAACAUCUGAAGCACGUGCAGAUUUAAGCCCGCACCCUAACACGUCUUUUUACCAAAGCUCCACCUCUUUCCCAAGUUCUACCCCCAAGCCAAGCCCAACCAAUUACCCAAGCUCCACCCAUUAUCCAAGUUCCACUCGUUAUCCAAGCUCCACCCCCUACCCAAGACCAACUAAUUACCCAAGCUCUUCCCAUCAUCCAAGUUCCACUCCCUAUCCAAAGCCAACUUAUUACCCAAGCUCCACCCCUUAUCCAAGCCCCAUCCCCAACCUAAGCUCCGCUGGUCACCCAAGCUCCACUGAUCACCCAGGCUCCACCUCCAACCCACACACCAUCACUUACCCAAGACCCACUCCCAACCCAAGCUCCACCUCUCAUGCAAGCUCAUUUCAAUCAUCAUCACCUCAUCUUUCUGCCAUUGAUGUCUUCAGUGGUUCUGGCCCACUGAGCAAGACCCCUGUCCAGCUUGUUCAGUACCCUUUGGACCACUGCUCCCGGACCCAACUGCCUCAGCACCAAGCAGCAACUGCUCCAACCCCAGUUCGUCCCCAGAAGCCACCAGACCCACUGAAUAACUUGGCAGCCCAGUUGAACACCAUUAUGGCAGCUGGCUUGUUUUCAGCCAGCAUGGCGUGUUAUUAUGGCGUUGGCCUCAACUUCGAUCAGAGAGCCGUUCCAUCCAACUCCGGAAAAUCUGACUCUGAUUCAAAGCGCGAUAACAAGCGCAAAAGAGCCACUGUCUCAGUGCCUUCUGAAAGCCUUGCCAGGGACUUUUAUGGAAACGCACCUGUGUUUUACCCGUACAAAUGUUCCCUCUGCUUCUUCUAUGCUGACAGUGAAGCUUCGUGGUGCAGCCAUGUCAGUGAGGAGAGGCAUACAGACAAAAUGCUGGACCUUCUUAAGAGGUACCCUGACUGGGACUGUCGUAUCGAGUCAACCCAAGAUGUGGGUGAACCACCUGGUGCCCAGGAAGUGGGAGAGAGGCCCAGGCGUCGAUCACGCAGGUCCUCGAGCUCCUCGAGCUCCUGGUCAGGCCACAGCAGUCCGAGGAGGUCGACAAAGGAAAGGGAGAUCGAGAGGGAAAGAAAAAACAGGGAAGCUGACGAGAGGAUGGAGGAAUGCCUGGUGAUUGCCGGAUUUUCCCAAAACGCGAUUCAGAAGAAAGACCUGUUGCACCUCCUCGGAAGCAAAGCAGAUGUAGUGGGACUUCAUGUUUACGAUAGAUUUGCCAUUUUGAGAAUGAGUACACCUGAGUCAGCCAAAAAGGUUGUGGAUGGCUUCCUCAAGAACCCUGUGGUGAAUUUGAAUGUGGUGAGUUUUGAGCCUCUUCCCUCUGGGAAAGACUGGAGUAGUGAGCUGACUGCUUCAGCGAUGCAGUUUGGACCUGUCAGGGAUUCCCUGUUUCUGCCGACUAAGGCCUUUAUAGAAAUGUCAAACAUCACGGACGCUAAGAAGCUGGUGGAGCACCAUCAGACCAAUGCCCUUCAGCUCGAAGGACAAACUGUUGACGUUUAUCUCUCCUCAGAGUUCUUCUCACUGAAAUAUGUCUCCUCCAGGAAACAAACGGAGAAGAGCUCUAAGAGGAAGAGGAGUACUCACUCCCGUUCACGCUCGAAGAGCAAGAAUAGGAGUGAGAGGGAGAAGAGAGCGACGGAGAGAAGUCUGACGCCUGGUCGAAAACAACAGACAGAAGCUGGGAUGCUUUCAGCUCCCCUCACCUCCUCUGUGAGCACCUUAGACGGCCAUCACCCGACCAACACCUCUUCCCCCUCCUCCGCCGAGCAAGCUCGCCACACCCAUCAGAGCCCUGUCAAGAAGGAUUGCGACACAGGCAAUCAGGAACCUGAUUUCUUAAGGAACCUUGAGAACUGUAUCACCUUAGAUGAGCCAGAUGAGUCGUCUCCUGAUGAAGAAAGACCAGAUGAUGACCCCGAGGUUGAAUGUGGUCUGAGCAGGGUGCUGGUCUUCAGAAACCUCAGCCAGAGUCAAUUCGCAGAUGAGGACUUUCUCAAGGUUGUUCAGGACUAUGGCAAAGUGACACGCUACAUCCUCCUCCAUACUACACAAGAGGCUUUAGUUGAGAUGUGUAGCUCUUCUACUGCAAUGAGAGCAGCGAGGGAAAUCCAUAAUAAGAAAACCAGCUUCAUGGGAGAGCCCUUAAUGCCACGGAUGUCUAAGAAGUACAAACGGCUUUUACCUGGGUGGAGUGGCAGCACAGCUAAGGAACCAUUAGGCUCCAAACCCAAUGAAAUAUCCUCAGAAACAACAGGCCAGGAAAAGAAUCUUGAAGAAGAGAAGACCAAAAAAAGUAGUGUCCCAAUCCCAAUGGACAAGAAGACUAAAGAAGAAGAGCGUUUGUCAGGGAAUACCAACGACGAACAGAGGGGUGUUUGCUCGGAAAAGUCCUCUGAUUGCAGAGAGGUCCCAGGUGAGGCUAGGGCAGUAAAGGACCCCGUCCUCAGUGUCACAGAUCCAGAGAAUAUGGAUGAAACAAACAGGAGGAAUGAGGAGGAAAUGGAGAACGAGGCCCUUCCCUCCACAGCCUCGGUGGAACAGAAAGUGGAGGGAAUGAUGGAGGUGAAGACUAAAAGGCCUGGACAGCAAGAAGGGACUUGUGGGAAGGUGCCAGAGGAAGGAUAUGACGCUGCCAAACCUCAAACCCGGACCAGGGGGAGAAGAAAGGCUGCCAGAGGGGAGGAGUUAAAGUUGUCGGUUAUCCCAGUGGACUCAGAGAAGAAUGCCAAACUCCCAGUUACUAGAAUCACCAGGAACAGGACUGCUGUAACCCGAGCCACCCCCGUACCAGAAUGUGAGCCCACACCUAAGACCCAUCGAGACCCUGAGGAAGAUGUCUUGCUUAGCAAGAGGGCCAAGAGAUAUUCUUCUACGAAGAGGACUACAGAGAGCAAGGGAACCUCCGUUCCUCGAACACCUGGUGGACCAGCAUCACAGGAAGGUACAGCAAACAUGCCACAGAAGAGAGCAGAUAGCUCGGUCUUGUCUGCUUCUGGUUCAGAGAUGGGAAGUAAAGUAGUUAUGGAGGAGACUGGGCCUAAACCAGCCCUACAGGUGGAUCAGAAAGCAUCAGGACCUGAGGGGAAGAGUGACCAAACACUGGAAGAACAUAAAGAAAGGGCAUCCGAGAGAAAGACGAAUGAGUCUGAUCGAGAAACUGGUGAUCCAUCAGCUUCUGUGCCUGACACAGAAAACACUAAAACCAUUUUAGAGAAGAGUGAAAUAGCGGUGAAUACUGAACUAACUCCGGAAAUGGAGAUUGACACUGAAAAGCAAACCAUGAAAGCAGGGCCAUUGUCGGUGCAGAGCAGUCCAGAUCCAUGGGACCUCAUCAGAGACAGUGGUAUUGAAGCACCACAACUCCAGACCACAAAGGGCUUCAGGGGGAGAAGACGGAGGGCUGUCAGAGGGCAGAAGUUAAAGGUGUCUUUGGUCCCACUGGAAAACGAGACCAACGCUGAGGUCCCAGUGACAAGUAACACCAGGAAGAGAAUCACUCGAGUCCGAGAACUGAAGGUUGAAGACGAAUCAGAUCCAGUUCAGGAUUCAUUGGAGGCAAAGGACAGGGCAGAGCUCUCUACUGACAAAGAUGACUCACCUACAGAUGUUCCUGAAAGAAACAGCAGCAGGCCAGUAAAAAGAAAAGCCUCAGUGAUGAGAGGCACAUCCAGCAAAACCACUGUGGCCCAGAAUGUUACUCAAAGGACAGUUCUCAAUGAGGAGGUUACCACAGAAAACCCUGAAAGUCUCAAGGAGCUGUUCUCCAAGUCAGGAGGAGGAAAGGAGGACCAAGAAAAGGAACACACCUGUGGAGUGUUCCGGUCAAACAUGGAGGCUGAAACUGCUCAAGACAUCGGCUGCAGUGGACCAGCAUCACAGGAAGGUUACACAGAGAGACCACAGAAGAACAGAGCAGUGUCAUCUGCUUUUGAUUCAGAGAUGGAAAGUAAACUAGGUAUGGGGGAGACUGGACUUGAACCAGCCCUGCAGAGGAACCACGCAGCAUCAGGACCAGAGAGGAAGAGUGACCAAACAUCAGCAGAGCAUAAAGAAAGAGCAUCAGGGAUGAAGAAGAAUGAGUCAGAUGCAGAAAUUGGUGAUGAUCCAUCAGCUGACACAGCAAAGACUAAAACAAAAGUAGAGAAGAAGAUUGAAAUAGAAGCAGAGAAAACUGAACCAACACCAGAAACAGAGGCUGAAUCCAAUGAGAAAACAGUGGGAACAGGGCUGUUUUCAGUGCAGAACAGUCAGGAUCCAUGUGCCCUCACCAAACCAGUCGUGUGGAGAGGAAUGGAGAUGGAGCUAAACUGUCAGCAGGAGGAUUCUGGGAAACUGGAGGAAGAGGAGACCAAGGUUGGAGAACAUUGCAUCAAAGUUCAGGUGGAACAGAAUUCAUAUUCUGCGGAAAGUGAUCCAGAGCUGGAUGACCCCGGCAGCCCAGUUGGAAUUGAGUUUAUCUAUCCUGUUACUGGUUACUUCUGCGACCUGUGUGAGGUCAUCUGUGUCACUGAGGACGAAGCCAGGGACAAACACUGCACUAGUCUUUCACACCGGCAGAUGUUAAAGAAGCACGCUAGUGAGAAGAACGGCUCUGCACUGUAAAACGUCCACCAUGGCGGAGGGGUCACGUUGAGGGUCCAGCCUGUGACGGUCUUGAUGCUAACAUUAACGGCAGAAGGCUUUGACCUGGUUCCUACUGUCAACUCAGACCCAGAAAAGUCUCCCAAGUUUAGGUUUGUUUAUUCCAGGCGUGAAAAAAGUGACAAAACAUGCUGCCUGGCGUGUCAGAAUUUGUUUGCUAGGAUUUCAAUAGAAACUUGCUGCUGCUACGUGUAUCUUCCUUGUGAAUAAGUUUAUGAUUGAAUGGGCGUCCUGUUGUCAGAGGGUUACUGUUGAGGAAUGGAUAUGUGAAAGAAAAUUAA